CGACAAAAUACUUCACGGAUAUUCACAGAUACGAGCUAUAUAAGAGAAGGCGGACUUUCUCUCCACAGACGAAAGACACCGUGGCCUAGAUAAGCCAAGAUGAAGUUCCUCGUCCCGUACGCACUGUUGCUGGUUGUGGCGCAAGGCCGUUUGAUGGUGCCCCCAUCCGUGGACCCGUUGUCGGAUGAAAUGAUAAACUUCAUUAACAGUAUCGACACAACGUGGAAGGCUGGCAGGAACUUCGACAAGAACGUUCCCUUCAGCUACAUCAAGGGACUGAUGGGCGUACAUCCCGACAGCAAGAAGUACAGGCUCCCGAUUCACUUGCACGAGGAGAUUCCGGAAGAACUGCCAGAAUCGUUCGACGCCCGGGAGAAGUGGUCGCACUGCGACAGCAUCCACCUCAUCCGUGACCAGUCCACGUGCGGAUCAUGUUGGGCAUUCGGAGCCACGGAGGCCAUGUCCGACCGCAUCUGUAUCCACACCGGAGGCAGGGUUCAGGUGAACAUAUCGGCCGAGGAUCUUCUCACAUGUUGUCAUCGAUGCGGCAUGGGGUGCUUUGGUGGCUACCCUUCAGUUGCCUGGUAUUAUUACAAGAGUGAAGGUAUUGUAACCGGAGGCCUAUACGGUACCGAUGACGGGUGCCAGCCUUACUACUUCCCCCCAUGUGAGCACCACAUCAAGGGUCCGCUGCCGAACUGCACGGCCACAAAACCAACGCCGAAGUGCCUGCACGUUUGCCGCAAGGGAUACGAGAAGAGCUACAGCGAGGACAAGCACUUUGCAAAAACAGUUUACAGCCUCCACAGCGACCAGACCCAGAUCAAAACUGAAAUAUACAAGAACGGACCUGUGGAAGCGGACUUCAGCGUCUACUCCGAUUUCCUGGCGUACAAGAGCGGAGUUUACCAGAGGCACAGUCGUCAGUUUUUGGGAGGCCACGCCAUCAGAAUUCUCGGCUGGGGCACUGAAAACGGCGUUCCGUAUUGGCUCGCGGCAAACUCCUGGAAUAAGGACUGGGGUGACAAAGGCUACUUCAAGAUUCGCCGUGGUAACGAUGAAUGUGGCAUCGAGAAUGACAUCAACGCCGGUAUUCCCAAAGAACCCAGCGCCUAGAUGGCAGAAUGUGGACUGUAAAUAAAACAUUUCGGCUUUA